GGAAUAGUUUUAUUUGAUUAUUAACGACUACUCCAGUUGCUAAUAAAUCCUUUCAAUGCAUUACUAACAAGGUUAGGGUUCAUCUGGUACAAGGUGUACAGCUGAGUAGCCAUUCCUAAAAAGUUGUUAUCUCGGCAUUUCCAAAUUUCAUUAGUGACUGAAGACUUCCCAUAAUAUUUGCAUUAUUACCAGCCUGGUUCCCCAUAAAACCUUGGAAAUUGUUAAUCUCUUCCAUUCCAUAAGGAGCAGCUUCUGGGUUCUUGUUACUGAACAUAUUAGCCAAUGGAUUUUGCUUAGCUUUCACCUUGUAAUUAAACGAUUCGGCUCUAGCUCCUUGUCUGUCAAACAAAUCUACAUAAAAAGAGCCUUUUACGGGACCAUUCUGAUUAUGAUCAAUGUUCACUGGCUUAUCAACAGAAGAUAGGUCGAUAGUCUGCAGAUUCUUUGCAACAUAUCCAUUCCUUGUUAGAGAGAAAGCGACAAGUGUAAUCAGGAAGAUCGUUAAAGUUUUAUAUUUUAUUAAAAUUAUAGGAUACUUUUGGUUUCAAGGAUAA